AUGUCCGGCUCUGCCACGAAAACCAUACAGGCGCGCGUCGCAGAUAUCAGAUACUGCUCCGAUAAAGGAUGUCCAGCUCAGCCAUCACCGCAUCUUGCCGUGAAUUUGCGGGAGGUGUCACUUCAACGCGACAAAGCCACGGCAAUCUCAUACGUCUGGGGAGAAUUCAACCGUGAACAGACGCCAAUCGGGCACAUCGCCGGUAGCGCCCAUAGCACCAUUUCCAUGAAGCUUGGUAAAGAGUGGGUGAUCAGUGAUGUCAUAGACCGCCUAGCCGAGCUCGCAGGGAAGAAGCCCAUCUGGAUCGACCAACUUUGCAUCCCGCAGAAUCACGAAGAGAUAACCAAAACCCUGGCGAAUAUCCCUUCCAUCUAUCGCACAUUCGACGUCGUCGUCUUGAUGCCAGGUCAUCCCUGCAGGUGCCUUGGGAGGCUGAUGCAAGAGAUCAGCAGAAUUGACCGGACUCCAUCCAACCCGGCCGCUUCAAAAGCUUUUCAACAAUGCCGAAUGGAAUUCGAGCCUUGUCUGAACAUGAUCUCGACCUGCUCCUGGAUCAAAAGGGUGUGGCCGCGGCAAGAGCUGAACUACUCGGAAAAGGUUCGUUGUGUUUGGGCUGCGAAGGAAGAAUCGCCUUGCGUAAGUUUACGCGCCGACGAGAAGGAUACUACCAACCUCACUCCAUUCCUCGCACGGAUGUAUGAGCGGCUCGUAAGAGAAAACUAUCCCCAUGACGGCGCAAUGCGAUCACUCAGUGCUUAUUCCGAGGAACUUGAAGUUGAACAACUGGCCGAAUUGAAGCUUUACGUUGAAGGUCCCGGCGAACAAAAGGUAGCAGAAGCAGACGCUGUCUACCGCUUCUUCUCCGGAGAGGUCCUUGAAAACGGCAUCACCAGACUCGACGAUAUGCCUCAUCUGUCCAAAUUUGCGCAUAAUUUGAUCAUGUUGGCAUCGAGGCACGGAGGACCACGCCGCAAGGCUACUAAGCCACAGGAUUAUGUCAUUUCAAUUUGGGUGGAUUGCCCGGGAUACACGAUUCCCCGAAACUACAAGGCAAUGGAUUGCCCAAGCCUACUCCAAGACGCCCUGAGCCAAAUGAACGACACGAGCGGAAGGUUCCUACUGAGCACAGCUCCACUGGGACUGUUUGAGUCCGAACAGAGCGGGUCAGCACUCUGGCAACCAUCGCGCUAUCUUCCGUCAAGUCAUGUAGAUGACUUGUCUGACAUUUACAACGUUCUGGUGAACACUCGCCUGGGGAACCUUAUACCUUCUUCUCAGAAGGUCCCCAUAGUCGUAGACGAUACGCAAACACUCCCUCUCUCCGCUGGAGCGAAGACCUUCGAGGCGCUCUGGCAAUCGUUCCCCCAGCAAUCACCGUCGUCGUCGUUCAUGGAGUACUUCAACGCCAUCUCCAAAAACUGGGCCGAAGUGACAGUGGGUGGUAUCAUGGAUUCGAUAAACGAGCUGCUGUCGCCCUACUCCGAGGCCGAAAGAGAUAGCAACGGAAAGCUUCAUUUCGUCGUUCCGCCCGCCGACGUUGUGAGGAUGUUUGUUCUCUUGCAGCUCUUCAGGCGGUUCCCCGGGGUCAAAGCCUCAGAGUUCCCUCAAGCAGCGCACCAGCCUUACGACUUCAACAACUUGCAUGUUGGCGCUUAUGAGCUGGUGAGCACUGCACUCUAUCUCGACCUGGAUAUGUGCUUCGACGAAGGCAUGCAGCUUAUGUUCUCCGGAACCGAGGGCCACGCCAAGAGUGUGCCCAGAGUCGGGUUGUGCCGACGAAGUGUUGAUAUCGAACGAAUGUCGGAGAAAGCGAUGAAUCCAAAUGAAAAGCAGGUGUUGACUGUUCGGAUGGAUUCAGACGUCACAGAGUCAUUGCUUUUUGAGGCUGAGAUGGUAGGCAAGGUGGAUGGUUCGCCUGAAUACCGUGUGUUUGGCGUCUGGGUUCCAAUAGAGCCUGGCGAUGAGGGUGAUUUUGGCGCUGCUGCUUGGUGUCCCGAAGGCCGAGACAUGAACGCCUAUCUUGUUUAG